GUUUAAUGAAACGGAUAGUCAUUUAAACGUCCAAAUAUGAGCGCAGAAAAAUUGCCGCAGUCACCAGGAAAAUUUGGCACUCGCCAUGUGCAAACGAUCUUGAUGUCUUUGAGUCUUAUCGUCGGCUAUGGCAUGAGAAUCUCAAUAUCCAUUGCAGUUGUAGCAAUGACAAACAAGAAUGAAAACAAUGGUUUCAGAACGUACGACUGGAACUUCAAGGAUAAAGGACUAAUUCUCAGUGCCUUUCUCUGGGGCUACGCGGCAUCGCAAGUACCAAGUGGUUACCUAGCGAGUACGUGGCGGGCAAGCAAGCUUUUCUCCAUCGGCCUCUUCCUCAGUAGCCUGGUCACCCUCUCGACUCCAUUUUUGGCCGAUUACGGCGGUUACGUUGCCGUUUGCGCUAGCCGUGUGGCCGUCGGAUUGUUCCAGGCUUGCUUCCUCUCGUCCAUACAUGUGCUCACCUCCAAGUGGGCUCCACCUCUUGAGCGAUCUCGUAUUAGUGCCUACAUCUCAUCCGGGACCUCUUUGGGAACGGUGUUGGCAAUGGCUUUAUCCGGUCUGAUAGCAGACUCGAGUGUUGGUUGGCCAGGUAUCUUCUACAUUUUCGGUAGUGCAGGUUUAGUUACGAGUAUUAUGUUCUACUUUAACGUGACCGACGGCCCGGCAUUUCACCCGUCGAUCAGUCAGGCGGAGAAAAAUUACAUUAUGGAAAGCUUGAGCUGCGCCGAAGAAGAGGAGAAGUAUAAGCCACGUCUACCCUGGAAAAAAAUUAUGACUUCUCUGCCGAUGUGGGGAAUAAUUUUUGCUCACAUGGGCACCAAUUGGGGAAGCUACACCAUCCAGACGGAAAUACCGGAGUACAUCAAGUCCGUUCUGCAAUUCGGAAUGACAGAGAAUGGUUUGAUAUCAUCGGUCUACUACAUAGCCUCGUGGGUGCUGUGCUUCCCAUACAGUUGGUUUGCCGACUACGCCGUGAUCAAAGGCAUGUCCGUUAGAGUAGUACGACAGAUCUGCAACACGGUUGCUAUGUGGGGUGCAGCGGUCGUGCUAAUUAUACUGUGCUUCGUUGACACUCUCGGCAAGGCUUGGCCGAUUGCUAUGCUCGCCAUGGCUGGUGCUCUUACGGCUGGUAUCAUCUGUGGUUUCAAUGUUAAUCACAUCGAUCUCAGUCCGAAUUUCGCAGGCGCGAUGUACGCCAUCAGCAAUUGCCUCAGCACCUUUGUCAGCAUUGUUGUACCGAUCGUCUGCAGUGCCAUCACGCAGGACACGAACGAUCCUGGCCCUUGGCACACAGUUUUCUACAUAACUGCUGCCACUUAUUUCAUCACCAAUCUUAUUUAUGUUCUUCUUGCACAGGGAAAUACUCAGUCAUGGAACGAAAAAAACAUCGAAAACAUUGCGGAUCCAAUCAAAAGGCUAUCGGUUGUGUCGCUAUACGAUACAAAAAUUUUAGCUUCAGUGCCUUGACGUCUCAUUUUCAAAUAUUUGAAUAACAUUUCUUUAGUAUUU